GGCCGCAGCUGUAUCCACGGAUCGAAUGGCCGUGCCAAAGCUCCCUUCUUACGCGGUAAAAAUAUCUGCCUUGUCCGAUCUUCUUAUAGAUGCGCCUUCGUCCAUUCUUUGUCCAUCUACUUACGAUGGAAAACAAUGCAAGCAGAAAAUAACGAGGGCGACCCCCUGAUCUUUGAUGCUGGGACCAACAUAAGCGGAGGGGUGACUAUGCGAGCAUUGUGAUGCGCUUCCUAACUUUUUUUAGGUAUAACAUAAAUGAUAGUAACUACAGGGCCCACCCCCACGGCCCCGGCGGUCUGGCUCCAUCCCCGGAGAUUAUAGCUGGGGCACGCGUGUGGCCUCGUGCUCUUCAGUGGCGCAGCACACUGGCGGUUUGCCGGUCCUGGUAAAUAGUAAUGCCCGGCCCUAAGAUGUAGCCUCUGCCUCGUUAUUUUUUCUCAUUUCUUGCUCGGGGCCGAAGAGCUCUGCCUGCUUUACUACCAGUGCUGGAGGGGGAUGAAGGCUGCGUCACAAUGAAGCCGGCGGAAGAGAGGCAGAACGGGGGGCGCUGCAAUUAAGUACAAGAAGACAAGCAGGGGCACAGAUCUGCCCCUACUUUAGCAGCUAUGCUGCGGAGCAGAGGCCCGCCUUGGCUCCCUUGUUCACUAGAAGGCUGGCGCGGCUGCUCAGGGGUUUUAGGCCCCCGCCUCUGCUACUAGGAGACUGCAGCCAGGGAAGGGCCUCCGCGAUGGUUCGCGCCGUGCGCAAAAAAUAGCACACAGACAGCCGCGCAGCAAGUGCGCUCGCUGGGGCAUGUGCGCUGGAACCUGAAACUCAAUCUGUUGGCCCCGCUUCUGUUUGCGUCUUGACAAAGUCAGGCCGAAUUUGGCUCGCCGGGUUAAUACAUAGCUCGGCUUGUUCCAGUGUUCCCAGUUUCUAGCUACUUACAACCCCAGUUCCUUGCUUUACUUUUUGUUGCGUGCGCCUUGUGGCGUGGCUUAGUUCUGUGCGCCGGUGCAGCUACCAACGCACACCUCGCUGGAAUGCCGAGCGCGUCGAUGUGUGAUGCUGGUCGGAAGGUCUGGCGCGUGUGGCGUGGGGCGUAAUGAAGAGAAGGGCGGGCAUUGAUUUGUCUGCCACAAAUCGGACACAGCUCACGCAUGAAGGGGCCAAGCCGUAGCCGCUAGUGUUAUCCUUGGCUUGUCAUUUGGUAGCCCGGCUUCUUGUCUGUGGCGCCGUGCAUGUAGAAGCAGGGGCAAAGGCAACUGAGGAGGCGGGGGCCUCUGCUGAUUACUCAGCACUCCUAUUUACUCCGCAUGCGCGUCGGGUCUUCUUGUGCGUAAUCGAAUGGCUUCACGAUCUAGCAGAAAGAAGCUCUGCCGGCCCGUCUUCGCCAGGGCGGGGCGUUUUACUUCUUCCCAGUCGACUUGCAUGGAAGGGGUUGGGGGGUGAAGUCGCGUCCUGGGUCGGUUCGUUAUCAUUUUUUUUUUUUUUUAUAUAUAAGAAUGUCAUCGAGGCUCGCGAUUUACGGGGACUGCCCCUGGCCAGGCGGUAGUGACUAUUGAUUUAGUGAGAGUAAGUUUUCUUUCUUGUGCUGUUCGGCCGCAGCCGUUGCUGAUGCUGCACUAGUGCGGGGGCACAGAUAGAGCCCAUACCCGCCCGCGCCCCCUGGUCGCGCUUCUCAAUCAGUUCCACCACUUCCCUACCCGCCCUAACAUUUCUCCCCCUUUGCACUUCUGCCUCCUGUGCUCGUUUUUGAUUAUUUGUUGCUUGCUUCGCCCGAGGCUGGGGCUAUGAGUCUACUUUUAAGGCGCCGCUUAGGUAGUCUCUCCGCAUUCUCUAUGCUUUUGGGACAGGCGCCAGAAGUUUUUGCUGCGCGGCGUAGGUGCGUUGGUUCUUUGCUUCUAUUCUAAGUCACCAAGUCUUUUGAUUAAGGUGAAGCCCGCCCUUGCCUCCCUCGUGCUCGUUAUGCAGCAGGACACUAAGAAAGUACACAGGUUGUAUCAUGUGGCAACUUUUAUUACCGCCCACACUUUUCGCGACAGCAGCUUCGCAGCCUGUCUGUGAUAAAUCAGAGUAAGGGGAGGCACUCAUAGGGCGACAGCCAGGCAAGUAGCCUCUAACUAGCUUGUGCCGAUGCUCUUGGGGGGGAUUCUGCUGCGGUGAGGUUAUUGGUGGCGCCUUUUUAUCGCAGUUGCUGCAGGCAUGGCCAGGCCCUGUGCCAUUGGGCAACGAGAUCGAGAAGGGCCUUAGAGGUAGAAUGGGUUUGAUGAUGAACAAUCUUGGGCAAGAGCGACGCAGGCGCCACUAGGCGCACACCCGAAGACUGGGUGAAGCGUCACCUUCGGGACAUGAUUGGGCUUCGUUGUGGGCUUACUUUCUCGCUUCAGCGUUGGGCGAUGUUAGCCUCGACAGAAGUUAAGCUGGAUGGCUCAGGGGUAUCGUAUGUCCCUGUGAAGCAAGGUGGCUGAGACUUGCACAUAGACUCUGGCUCGAGUGUCGCUAGGUUGAUAAUAGUGGAAAUCCCAUGAACGAGAAGACCCCCGAGGCAGCUGGACGACGCGCGGCGCCUAUAAUGGACGGACCCCAUAGCAUAAAUUUCUUCUAGCCUGUUAAUAAGACUAAACUUUUCUACCUCUCCUAGUUUCAUCGGCUCUGCCAGUGCUUGUAACAGUUGAAAGCUGGCGCCUCAGCCUGGGUUGACUCACUGUGGCUCCGGCUCAUUUUUAACAAGAUAGAGCAGGGGCGUGCCGUAGCCGGCUCUAGUAUUUUUCUGGGCGGGUCGAUUACAUUAGGCCCCCGUCCUCCCCCUUGGCCCCCGUGUGUCAUCUUUGUCAGAAGUUGAAG